GUACAUUGUCGCAACCCCCUAGGAAUACUUUUUAAAGGGUGCCGCAGCUACUUGGGGGAAACAGUUGCUGACCAAACCAGAUACUGUUGGACACCUCGAUUUGAGCUUUCGUGAAUGCGGCAUCGUAGUUUCAGCUUUACCUCAGCCUGACAAAAGAAGGGACCAUGUCGACCUUUGGCUACAGGCGAGAGCUGAGUAAAUAUGAAAGCCUAGAUGAAGAUGAGCUCCUGGCUUCUCUAACUGAUGAGGAACUGAAAGAGCUGGAGAGAGAAUUAGAGGACAUUGAGCCUGACCGGAACCUUCCAGUGGGGCACAGGCAAAAGAGCCUCACGGAGAAAACUCCAACGGGAACUUUCAGCCGGGAGGCACUGAUGGCCUACUGGGAAAGGGAGACCAGAAAACUUCUAGAAAAGGAGAGGAUGGGGGCAUGCGAAAAGGAUUCUAAACAAGAAGAAGAAGGUGAUGAUGAUGAUGACGAUGACAAAUCAGAAGAAAUUAAUGAAGAAUAUUUCACAGAAAGCAACAGUGAAGUUUCUGAGGAGGUAUACACUGAGGAGGAUGAAGAAGAGGAUGACAAAGAAGAGGACAAAGAGGAGGAGGGGGUAGAAGUGGAAGAAGGAGAAGAAGUUGUUGUUGAUGAUGAUGAUGAUGAAGAUGAAGAAGAAGGAAAAGGAGAAGAAGAAAGUGGUGCAGAGAAUGAUGAGGAAAAGGAAGCUGUUGAUGAGGGCAAAAAGACUACAAACACUGAAAGCAGAAGAAGUUCACUCAAGAUUAAACUAAAAAAAUGCAACAAGAAUGAAAAUGAGCUUGUUACCAAUGGUCAUAGCGAAAAGGAUGCAGAAGACUUGAGCUACAGAAUGGGUGCCAUGCACCCAUGUGGAAAUCCAACUGUGAUUGAAGAUGCAUUGGAAAAAGUUAGGGACAAUGAUCCUGACACCACUGAAGUGAACUUAAACAACAUUGAAAACAUCACCCCACAGAUGCUUACAUAUUUUGCUCAGGCCCUCAAAAACAACACUGUAGUCAAAACCUUUAAUCUAGCUAACACUCAUGCUGACGACAAUGUUGCAAUGGCUAUUGCAGGUAUGCUAAAAGUGAAUCAACAUAUAUCAAGUCUGAAUCUUGACUCCAAUUUUAUCACUGGCAAAGGAAUACUAGCUAUCAUGAGGGCUUUGCAGAAUAACAAGGUUUUAACAGAAUUACGGUUUCACAACCAAAGGCAUAUAAUGGGCAGUCAGGUGGAAAUGGACAUCGCUAAACUUCUGAAGGAUAAUACUACUAUUGUGAAGCUAGGCUAUCACUUUGAGCUUGCUGGACCAAGAGUGAGUAUGACAAGUAUCCUGACAAGAAACAUGGAUAAACAAAGGCAGAAACGGAUGCAGGAGCAAAAACAGCAAGAGUCCAAUUGGGAAGGAGCAAUCAAUCCAAAGACCAAAGCUUUGCAGAAAGGAACUCCUGGUUCUUCACCUUAUUCAUCUCCCCGAAGUUCUCCUUGGUCUUCUCCAAAACUUCUUAAGAAAGUCUCACCUGUUCAAAACCAGCCUUCUCCAACCAGUUCACCUCGGACUUCACCAAAGAUUCCUAAAAAUGUUCCUCCUGCUAAGAACCAACCUCCAUCACCACCACCACCACCUCCACCACCACCACCUCCUCCACCACCUCCUCCUCAAAUAGUUCUAGAGAAAAAGGCACCAACCAGAAAUAUUGCUGAGGUUAUCAAACAGCAGGAAAGUGCCAAAAAGAAGUCUGUACAAAACAAGCAGAAGAAAAAAGGCAAGAAGAACAAAAAAUACGAGAAUGAGAUCUUGAAAGAAAUUAAACAUUCAUUAAAAUCAGUCCCAGACAAGAAGUCAGAAGAAGGUUCACGUCCCUCUACCCGACCUUCUACCCCAGUGAGAUCCCUCCAUGGUGAUCUCAUGGAUGCAAUUCGCGGAAGUAGCAUAAAACAGCUAAGGCGGGUGGAAAUCCCAGAAGCUCUACGAUAAAUAAAGCCAUGAAAUGGAGAAGAUUGAGAAUACAUCUGAUGAUUAAGAGAAAGGUACCAAUAUUUUCUGCGGUGAUAAAACAGACUAAUGUAAAUUGGCUUCAGAAGUGCGCUCUUAGAUUUAAAACAUGAAGAGAGAGCGAAAGACCGAUGGAACGUCAUGUAACACUUUUAAGGAUGCAUUUGCAUUUUUCAUUUGUAAAUAUGGAAAGUACUUUUUUAUCUAAUGAGAUUUCUAUGAAGAAAUAGUUUAUUUAGAUAUUCUUGUUGGUAUCAAGCAGCACAGAACAAGUUCUUUCUACAGAGAAGUAAUUGUUUAGUGACCUGUGUUGUUGUUGUUUUGUCUGACUCAUGAAUUUACAAUAAAGGUAGUUUGAGUUUUCAAGUGACA